GUCAUCUUCCAUCGCCUGUUGGGCUCAGUGGAUUUUUGCAAAUUUAGUUGAUAUUAUCAUUUUAAAUGCCGGAAUAGCAGCCGUCGAGGCUGUUGUAAUACUCCCGGCGAUAUUGUAUACUAUUAAGCUGCCAGACAACGUAUUCGAACAAUGAACAGGACGUGAGAGCGGCGGAUUCGUGAACCGGCCAACCAUUUUACAUACUUGUUGUUGCUGCGCGCUGCACUCUGAAACUCGACGAAAUAUAUUUGCUUUUGCUGAUGUAUUUCGGCCGAAAGCAGCGAAUCGAAUCAUCGUGUCGACUGCAAAUAUAGCCGCUUUUUUAGCUUACGCAAGCAAUACGCCAUUGGAGGUCUCUUCGAUGUCUAGGCACUGAGACUGGAGUUUAAAAGAUCGGUCACACAGACAGAAAGGCAGAAGAGCCGCCCGGCAAACAUGUUGCGUCUUAUGUUGGCUUUCCUGGUGGCCACCACCACUUCGGCCGACGAUUCCCUCCAGCGCAUUCGGCGUGCAGCCAUCGACGUGGAUAAUCCAAAAGCUAUGCACAGCAUCAUCGACCUGGCUGAGUGCCAGGACCUAAAGAAGCUUUGCGCGCACCACAAGUUCACAGACAACCUGUCCAUGCUGGAGUGCGCACUAACUUUCAGCUCCAGUCAGCUGGAGGACCUCCCGGAGGCCUGCCAGCAUGAGCUGUGGCUGCAGCAACGCCAGUUGCAGCUGCCCGCCUGGAUGGAGAGCAGCUUCCUGCCCUUAUAUUGUCCCGCCGAGCGGUCCAAGCUAGAGAGCUGUCUAAACUCCGUGCACCUGUGGAGCUGCCUGGAUCAGCAGCGACUGAAACUGCCGCAGAGCAGCGCCUGCCAUCAGCACCUGAGAAAAGGCUACGAGUCUCUGGGCCAGGAUUAUAGCGCUGUUGACGAGUUUUACACCGUCUGUGGACAGCUCGUUGAGGAGCACAAGUGCGGGCGGCUAAACAUCGACCACUUGCCCUCCGUACUUUCCCAAUUGGGCACCGUUCAAUGCCUCCAGGAGAGUGCCCCGAAGCCAAUCGAGCCAAUCUGUCAGAGCGCCAUCAACUCCAUCGAGCUGCAGCGUGGAAUGCUUGAACUGUUUCGGGUCUGCCAGGAGGAUCUCUCCUCUUUGUGCUCUCAGGAAAAGCCUGGCACUGCUGGCGGUUUCAAGUGCCUUGUGCGGCACAAGAACCACCCUUCAAUGUCGCCCCAGUGCGCCUCGCAAAUCACAAUGAGGGAUCAGCAGAUGGGCCGCGACUACCGCGUGUCCCACGGUUUGGCCAAGGCCUGUAAGGACGAUAUCAAGACGUAUCAUUGCCGUCGCGGUGUCUCCGAGGACAAGCACGUACGACUGGCCCAGAUCCUGCUCUGCUUGGAGUCGGUGUCGAAAAACGGGACAAAAUUGGCGCCCCCUUGCCUCGCCGAGUUGACGGACCACCGUCGCAUGCUGAUGACGGACUACCAGCUCUCGCCGGAGCUUCUCAACGACUGUGCCGAUGACAUACCCAAAUUCUGUCCGGAUGAGCACAAGGCGCAGCUGGUUAAUGGCAUGGCGAGUACUGGUGGCGAGAUUAUUCAUUGCCUUCUUGAGCAUGUUAAGGCCAGGCGUCAACAGCGACGGGUGACGGCACAGUGCCAGCGGGGAUUGGAAACCCUGAUAAAGGCAAGUGACGCCGGCGAGGACUGGCGCGUGGAUCCGGUGCUUAGGCGGGCCUGCAAGCCAGUUGUGGACGUGGCCUGCAAAGAUGUGCAAGGAGGCGACGCGCGAGUCAUGACUUGUCUGGUGGAGCACAUUGGCACCCCUGUGAUGCUUCCCGAAUGCGAGCAAGCUCUGCUUAUCAUCGAGUACUUCGUUGCUAGAGACUUCAAGUUGGACCCGCAGCUGUACAAACACUGUCGCGAUGACGCAGUGAAGUAUUGCCGUGCAAAGAAGCAAUGGGAUGAUGCGCAGAACAUUCAAAUGGAUCCGGAAAGGGGACCCAUGAUUCUCCCCUGUCUGCAUCGCAUGGCUUUCAGCGAGGACGAGCAUCAGACUUUGCGGAAAGACUGCUUUAAGGAGGUGAAACGUGUGAUGAGACAGCGCGCCAUAUCCAUGGACUUAAUCCCCGAGGUAGAAGACUACUGUCUCAACGAUCUCUCAGCGUUCUGCGCCGACUGCACGGAAAAGGGCAGUGAAAUGGAGUGUCUGCAAAAGAAUAUGGACCAACUGCAGCCGGAAUGCAAAACAGUGGUGGUCAAGUACACUGAGGAGGAGGCCGCUCACGUGGAACUCAAUCCCGUCAUUAUGAACGUGUGCGGUGAGGCAAUGCAGCAGCACUGCUCGGCGAUCCUCAAGAGCGGCAAGGAUAAUGGCGACAUGAUGGACUGUCUAAUAGCGCACAAAAACGAUGCAGAUCUACGAAAGGACCUCCGGUGUCGCGCCGCCAUAGAACACUUUCAGAUCAUCUCGCUUAAAAGCUUCCACUUCACCACCAAGUUCAAGGAGGCAUGCCGUCCAUACGUUCAGCGCUUCUGCUCCUCGAGCGCCACCAAAAACGAGGUGGUGGCCUGCCUUAGCGAGGUGAUGCGCAACGACACUAUCAAGGCGCAGCGCCAUCAGAUUCCCAAGGAAUGCCGCCACCAGGUGAAGGCGCAACUCUACCAGCAGCGCGAGAGCAUUCAAUUGGACCCCAAGCUGGCGAACGCCUGCAAGCGUGAGCUGGAACAAUUCUGCGAGGAGGAAAAGGGUCCCGGUCAGGUGAAUGAAAAAGCUCUGGAGUGCCUUAUAAGAAAAACGAGUAGCUUGGGCAAGCCCUGUCAUCAUGCGAUCUUUAUGGUCAAGAAAUCGGAGCUGGGUGACAGCGGCACUGACUACACGCUCCUCACCACGUGCAAGGAGAUGAUCUACAAGUUCUGUCCAAGCACUGACUCGGCAAAGCUUUUGGAUUGCCUGAAGACAUACAAGGAUGACACACAGUUCGACCAGAGGUGCCAUUUGGUGGUGGUCAACCGUAUGAUCGAGCAAAACACGGACUUCCGGUUCAAUCCUUCGCUGCAAAGCGCCUGCGGAAAGAACAUCGACCGGUAUUGCUCCAAUAUUGUGGCCAGUGCUCUGCCCAACGAGGAGCUGAAUGGAAAGGUAAUUCACUGUCUAAAAGACAAGUUCCGCCAGUCAGCUCUGGACGAACCAUGUGCCAAGGAGAUGAUCAAGAUCCUUCAGGAGCAGGCCCUCAACUACAAGCUGAAUCCCCUGCUGCAGGUGUUUUGCAAAUCUGAGAUCCAGGAGUUGUGCAAGGCUAACAUUGAUUCUGAUGAGCAUGGUCAGUUGGCGGAAUGUUUGAAGACGGCCUUCCUGCAAAAGCAGAUAAUCAACCGGCAGUGCCAGAUGGAGGUGGCCACUCUGAUCGCCGAAGCCAAGGCCGACAUCCAUGUCGAUCCCAUCCUAGAAACGGCUUGCACCGUGGAUCUGCUACGAUACUGUUCAAAGGUGUCGGCUGGCAAUGGACGAAAGCUGAACUGCCUUAGAACGCUGCUAAAGGAUACGCCGAACUCACUGGAAGCGGACUGCCGAGAAAAGCUGCAGCGGCGCAUCGAGAUGUUCCGAAACGCGGACGACACGCUGGCACUGCCGCCCGGGGACAUGCAGCAGCUGGUUCAGCAGGUGGUCGCCUCGCCGGCGCGUAAAUUUUUCCUUGUGAUACUGAUGAGCGCCACGGGACUGGUCUUCCUCACCGGCAUCUUCCUGGGACGGGCCACCAAACGUGCAAUGGGCUUAAAGAAUAAAUAAUUCAAAUAGUAGACUGUAGUGUUGCUGUGUAGACGGAAAGUUCAUAUUUGCGAGCUUGUUGUUUUCCAUUUCGGCUGACCCCAUGACCCGAUUCCUAUCCUUGCUUCCUCUCAUCCUGCUGCAUCCAGCCUGCCUUUUUAAUAUUUGUGUGAGCAAUUUGUGGCUUAAUCGAUUGUAAGACCAAAAAUUAAGCGAAAAAAGAGGAAACAAUAAAAUAUUCUAGUUCCAUUCUUAGGGCCUUUUUGUUAUACUUUUUUGUAACAAUUUCACCUGUAUAUUAAAUUGUAUUUUUGUAAACAAA